GAAAAAUAUAUAUGUCAAAGUUCAAGAAAGACGAAAAGUUUUGACAGAGACUGCAGACGUUGUAAAUAAUAAAAUAUGACGUCUGUGCCUAAUUUGAAUUAUCAUCUUGAUGAUAACAACAUCUUUGAGACUGCAAAAGAUAUAUUCUUAGAAGUGAAGCCUAAUUGGAAGAGGAGUGAUAUCAAAUUCAAGAUCUUUGAUGAAGGUAUAACAAACAAACUAAUUGGAGGUUUUCAGGGAUCAAGUCUGAAAGAGGCUGCAGAUGUUGUUCUUAUUCGAGUGUAUGGUGAAAAGACGGAUUUAAUCAUUGACAGAGAUGCAGAGAAGAGAAAUAUGGUUGAACUAUAUGAAGCAGGCCUCUGUCCUCCUGUGUAUGCUACGAUUCAGAAUGGGUUGGUGUACGGAUUUGCUCCAGGACAGACAUUAGAUGAGAAGACAGUCAGAGACAAAGCCAUCAGAAUGCUUAUUGCAAAAGAAAUGGCCAAACUCCAUACUAUGAAACCUAAGCACAUAUCCAGCAAAAAAUGUGCUAUGUUUGACAAACUGAGAGAGUGGUUGGACAUCAUUCCUGAUAGCUUCUCUGAUCCACAAAUGAAUGAUAGAUUUAAGAAAGAAAUUAGGCCAAAAAGAGAUUUAGAGUUGGAACUGUCAGAAUUGGAGCAGCGUUUAGAGAAUUUGGGCUACCCAAUUGUCUUCUCCCACAAUGAUCUACUGCUGAAAAACAUCAUAUACAACCAGAAAGAAGGGAAAGUAACUUUCAUUGACCAGGAAUAUGGGAUGUACAACUAUCAACCUUUUGAUAUUGGGAACCACUUUUGUGAAUAUGCAGGUAUUGGGGAUGUGACAGAUUAUUCCUUAUACCCAGACAAAGACUUUCAGUUGUCAUGGAUACGUGAGUACCUGCAGGAGUGGUCUAGACUUGCAAGUGGUCCAACGGUGACUGAUGCCGACAUUUGGAAAUUAUACUGUGCUGUCAACAAGUUUGCACUGGCGGCACAUUACUUCUGGGGAGUAUGGGGAAUCAUACAGGCCAAAUACUCAGCCAUUGACUUUGAUUAUUUAGGAUAUGCUGUUAUUAGAUUUGAUGAGUAUUUUAAACGGAAAAAUGACUUCCUCUCCCUGCAAUGAAAGGCAAGACCAGUGUUGAUAAACAGGACUGUUUUUAUCAUUAUAUAGUGCAUUUACAUUCCACCAAAACAAGGGAGGAGGGUUGUCUUUUAUGAUGAUUUAUUGUAUCAAAUAUUUAUUAGUUAUUUGGAAUCAAGUAUUUCACAAGCAUAGUAGAUCUUGAUGCCUUGUUUUAAGAUUUAAGUUAUUCUGUUGCUCUAAAGAAGGAUGAAAGGUAAUUAUUUCAGAAUUGUUACAGAUAAAAUUGAUUGUAACAAAAUGAUAUGCAUACAUUUGAUUAUGAACAAGCUUCAUAUAUUUACCUUGAAUUUUUUGCACUUACCUAUUUUUCACGACUUACUUGUCAUUGUGGAGAAAAUUGAAGAAGAAAAAAUUCCUAUUUUUGUGUGGUAACAUUCAUAUAUGAUUUGUUAAAUUUUGAAUAAAAUCCAAUUACUGUUUUAUGGAUCUUUUCACAGAGAAAUUGCUUGGAAGAAAUUACCCUUUUUCCAUGUUUUUGUAAAAUCUUUUGUUGAGUCAGGUAUUGAAAUGUACAUUGUCAUUGCUCAGAAAGGAACGCUUGUCAUUUGACAUUCAGCGACCAGUUUACUAAGUUUGGUAGAAGUUAGUUUUCAAAACUAAUAUGGUAGGCUUUUGAAAGUUGAUAUAUUUGUCAUGUGCAGGAGCCUUAGGGCCGCAACAUACCCGAGUUGUUCAGUUAAGUAGUCAUUACAAUCUCUGUGAAAUAUUUUUCGAGGGGCAUUUGCAAUCAAUACAGUGACGUAACUUCCAUUGAGGCAACCGAGGCAGCUGCCUCGGUAAAAUAAACACCUUUUACGUUGUUAAAAUGUCAAUAGCUUCUGGGGGGGCGCAGCCCCCCAGACCCCCUGCCUCGGUAAUAUUCGAACCCAAGCUACGCCUAUGCAAUAGAUAGAUAAUAUAGAUAUUUGAAAUUGUAUUCUUAUAAAUGUACAUGUAUUUAGAUUCGAGUUUGUUCAAAUCAAGGUUAAGGAUUUUAUAUGUGGUGAAAUAUGUAUACUUCUCAAAGAAAUAUGUGAUAUGCUCCGAGAGAUAAAAUUGUCGUAUUAAUCAUUUGAUAAGAUGCAAGUUAAGGAGUGUGGCCUUGUCUACAGUUUAUGAGAUCCCUUUCUCUGUAACAACUCAGGUGAGUAUUGUGGCCCACUGGCCUCUUGGUGGCUGUGUGUGUUUUAGAUGUACGUUACAGAAUGCAGUACGACACACCGCAUGAAGCAUGAUUUUACAUGGUGAAUUUUACAUUUUUAACUAUGUUUAGUCAAAUGUUUGUGUUCGUUUGCAAUUCAUUUCAUCAUUAUGUAGAAUUGAAUUGUCGGGGUAUAUAACAUACAUGUAUCAGUGACUUUCUAAAUCUGGCUGUGAUAUAGAUAGAAGAAAAACAAGUUUAUUGUAACUAAUUGGGAUCCACGAUAUAUUGUUUGUGUGAAAUAUACGUGUUGUGUACCAGACAUUGUGUCCGGAUGAUAUAUUGUUUGUGUGAAAUAUACGUGUUGUGUACCAGACAUUGUGUCCGGAUGAUAUAUUGUUUGUGUGAAAUAUACGUGUUGUGUACCAGACAUUGUGUCCGGAUGAUAUAUUGUUUGUGUGAAAUAUACGUGUUGUGUACCAGACAUUGUGUCCGGAUAUUGUAUAUUGGCCAUUAUUUAUCAUAAAACAUUUACAAAGUA